AUGGAGAACAUGAGCAAGGAUCUGGAGAAAGCUGAGGCCUCUGAGAUCAUUGGCCCUAUCAGCACGGAAACAACAACGAACGAAGUACUGGACUUGAACAAGGACCUAGAAGCAGGACUGGCGGAAACUGAUGAAGAACAUGUACAAGUAGAAUGCAGAAUUUGCCAGGAGGAAGAUUUCAUGGACAAACUGGAAGCUCCUUGCCUCUGCAACGGCACUCUCAAGUUUGCUCACAGGAAUUGCAUUCAAAGAUGGAUCAACGAGAGGCUAAGCAUGAUUUGUGAAAUCUGCAAACAGCCAUACCAGCCGGAUUAUACGAUGGUCCUGCCUCCACCACAAGAUGUUCAAGCCGAAGAUUUGUGUUGCAGGGAUGGCUAUUUCACCUUUAAUAAUACUCCGGCGGCCGUGCAAGCUCAACGGGCGGCACAUAUUGACGCAGCAGCAGCGGAGUACAUGCGGCGGCAGCAGGCUUAUAAUGCUAGAGCCUUCAGUGGCAGUGCAGUGUGCCGCAUUGGAGCUGUUAUUUGCCUGGCGUUUCUGGUAGUGAAAGAUGUCUACUACUUCAUAGAAAAUGGAGAGGAAAGUGACCUCGUGACAAUCUUUUGUGUUAUGUUUGGUUUCUUUAUACCAUGCUAUCUUCUGGCAUGGUUUGCGAAAGCGUUGAACCAAAAUGAAGGGGAUUCGGCAGCGUCAGAGGUUGCAAUUGCGUCGCAGUCUAGCGUCCCCGUUGCGUCACAGUCUAGCAUGAGGUGA